AUGUCAGAAUCGGGAUAUCACUGGAAAGAUGACAUUGCCAACGGAUUUAAUAAACCUUCCAAACACAAACCUCUUGCUGAAGCUGAAGUCACCAAGGAUGAUGACAAAGUACAAUGGUCCUAUUCUAAAGUUGGUGCCCGUUUCGCUGAAAGAACCACCAUGCACGGCAUUCCUUAUGUAUUAGUGUCUAAGAAAAAUUCGGCUAAAGUUGCGUGGAUCAUUAUUUUUCUGGCUGGUGUAGCAGUCAUGAUCUUCCAUCUAUUUUUUCUAUUUGAAACGUAUUUAGCCUUCCCAAAACAAACCACCGUCAAAUUGGGUUUCGACAAUCUGGAUUUUCCAGCUCUUACCAUCUGUAAUGUGAAUCCAAUCUUAAAAUCACACCUGAAGUGGACAUCAGAAGAUCUUCGAGAAUUAGCAUGGGAAUUGGAUCCAGAUUACAUCCUAAAUACGUAUUAUUCCCAGGAAGAAAGCGAAGGAGAAGGUACGGAGAAGAGGAAAAGGUCUGUAAAUAGUUUUGACGAACUUUUGUCCAGGCACCGGAGAUACAUGGACAAGGUGAAGGUCAAUGUAUCAAAAACUAGAGAGGAAGCAGAGCAGUCGUAUGAAGAAUCGUUUGAUGGAGACGAAUGGGAAAGUAUCGGUGAGGUUGAUGCUGUUGUGAAAGCUCGUCGUGAAUUUUAUCAGUUAUAUAAUAAAGAAGAUAGCAAUUUUACGAUGUCAACUAAUCCUGUAUAUGGAAAAUGUUGGACGCUGGAUAACAGAAUAUUUAAAAGUCGAAAGAGUGGACCAGAUCAGGGUUUAGAGUUGAUAUUAUUUCUACAGAAUCAUGAAUAUUUAGAAGGACUAGGCAAUGGAUAUGGUGCUAAGGUAUUGGUACAUGAUAAAGAUGUUAUGCCCGAUCCAUAUGACGAGGGCUAUUCCGUAUUACCAGAAUCGGCAACUAGUAUUGGAAUUGUAUUGUCAAGAAUUUCUAGAUUGGGUAGUCCACAUGGUAGUUGCCAAGAAAUACAAGCAUUUAAAAGGCUUUAUGGUGUAAGAUAUACCAGAACGACAUGUCAGAGAUUUUGUGAAGCUACGGCUGUGAUGGAUGUUUGUAAAUGUUUGGAUAGUUUUAAGGAAGAGGUGAAUUUAAGGAUUGCUAAAAUUAGAAGUGAUAAAUUGGAGGUCUGCUCCAGUGAUAAAGAAUUGUCGUGUUACUUCGAUUUAUUAAGAGAAUUUCAGAAAGGAAAUAGACGCUGCCAGUGUGAUGAUCCAUGCGAGGAAAACAAGUAUGAGAAGUCGAUCUCCCAAAGGCAGUGGCCAACGACGUCAUACUCGAAAUUAUUACUAGCAUAUUUAUGUGAUAUUCACGGAAAAGAAGCCUGUUCAAAUUAUUACACAAAAACUGAACGUCAGCUAGCGCAAAACUUUCUACAAUUGAAUGUAUAUUACGAAGAUUUGAAUUAUCAGAAUAUAACAGAGGCUCCAGACUAUGAGUUUGCUCAGUUUAUAUCUGAUGUUGGUGGUACAUUAGGUCUGUGGAUUGGAUUAUCUGUACUGAGUAUUAUAGAAAUAGGACAAUUUCUUAUAGAGUUAUUCCACUACAUGUGUUGUAGAUCAAAGAAAUAA